AGAAACUAUCCCACUGUGACCUGAUACUGCUUGGGACACAACAUGUAAGAGGUAAUUUAUCACUUCUGAAUGUGCAGAACAUUGGCAUUCUCCAUGAGAAGAGGUAACAGUGAAUAGUGGACAACAAUUUUGCAUCUCUCGAAUUCAGCUCUCAGCAUCCCUUUGCAACUGUUUUGUAGGUAGCAGUUUUGGCUACUUACUCAUGACACUAUCUCUCUGAUGAUAGAGGAAACCCUACUGUCCACACAUUGGUUUCUAGUACUGGCACUUUAUUCUACCUAGUCUCACUUGAUUCCAGAAGACCCAAUGGAGAAGUACACAGAAUCACCAUCUACCUUGCAAGUAGAGCAUUCCUCCCUUCAAGUAGAGAAUCUGAUUCUGCCACCACAAAUACAGCAUCUGACUGAAGAAAACCUUGAUCUAAGGGGCCAAGUCAUGCCAACCCUGACCACCCCAGUGAUGUCUGUAACAUGUUUACUUGAACAUCUUUCUCAGUUCCACAGUGACCCUGCCAGUAUCUCAGGAUUUCCUGCAAGGUUGACAACUCUCAAGUUCCCCAAUCCUGCAGAUGAUGUCCAAAUCAAGUUAUUUUUUGACUACCUUUCUCAGCAGAUGGAAGGUUGUGGAGUCAUAUCCGGGUCUGACCAGAACACUCUGCUAAAACAGUAUGAGAAGUUUGUUCUUGAAUUCCAGCAAUCAUUUGGUGAGCCUAUAAAACAGGAAAUAGACCCUCUGAACAAAGAGGAUAACUCCUCUUCUCAGCAGGAUGCUUCUACUUUCCAGCUCCUUGCUCAAAAUUUGAUCUGUAAUGAAGCCAAUCAGAGUGAUCACUUACAAGAAGGACUAGCUGAUUCCAUCCACAAUGAAGUGAGUGGCACAGAUAUGAUGAACAACCUUCCAGACCUGAUCACUCAGUGUAUUCAGUUGGACAAGAAACGUAAUGACAGGCCAGAGCUUCUUCAGUCAGAGACCCAGUUCCCAAUGUUGGCUUCCCUGAUCCACCACCAAGCCUUUUCCAGCCCCACAAAUCUGCCACCCAAGGAAGAACCUAUACAGUUGCGUGGAAGCCAGCCACCUCUCACCUCAGCCAAACGAGCCCGCCAGCAAGAAGCUCAGUUGUGCCUCUACUGCAGCCAGGCUGGUCACUUUACAAGAGAUUGCCUCGCCAAACGUUCUCGAGCCCCAGCAAGGAUAAAUAACUCAACUCACCAGUAAGAGAGCAGGUCAUUUUGCAAAGUUAUAUCCCUCUUACUUCCAGCCUUAAAGAUUUAUAUUCUGCGCUAGCAUUUAAAAUACAGGUGGGGAACUAUGAUACAACUUAAUAGACAGUCAUGAACUCAUGUACUUCUGGGAAUUUAAAUAACUAGGUCUUGUUCAUUUGCUCACCCAUCACCAAACCAAACCCAACUCAACAAUAAGAAAACAAUUCACUGGCACUUCUGCAGGUGGUACCAAAUUCCCAAGAGGAUUGAAAGUCUGUAGGCAAAACUCUGGCCAGUCUGAGCCAAUGAAAACAACCUUGGACGUGCCCUGGCAACCCCAUUCCCUCCAAUGGGUGAGAUCUGGGUUGAGUUUGUUGGCCUAAGUCUUCUGUGCCUAAGAUUAGGCCCAAGACUUUCACCCUCACCCUCAUUGGUCUGCAUUCUAGUUCCCUGUUCAUUUAGGAAUCCUUGGUUGAAUUCUUAAUUGCAUUCCAUAUCCUACCAACAUUUUUCUACUGGAGGCUGGAACCUGCUCCACCUAUUGACUGGAGUCCAGCUUCAACACAAACCAACCUUCAUGGAAAUACAACUCUACUACCAUUCCAUACAGUUAUGUAUUUUGUUGCCAUUUAAAAGACUUCUGCUUGCUCAAAAAACCUGGAUCUCUUAGCUAUUGACAAACCAGAUAGCAUGGCCAUUUGGAGACUCUGAUUGGACCUGUCGGUCCACUUCCUUGAGAACUAGCCUUUCAGGCAUGUACAUAUUUUUAGCCAAGCCCUACUAAUUCCAUCUUACUCCCCAAUUCCUCAACAACCUACUUUAUGCUAUAGCAUGGCUAAUGGCCAAGUCAAAAUGGCCAGGUCUAGGAUAAUGACCUCCGAUAAAUAUGAAUGAAAGUUGGGGAAGGAGUCUCAUCAUAAUUAUGUCUACAGCCUGUCCUUGUUGCCUUACCUGGCAGGUAAGGGAAUCUGGUUAAAUAAAUCUCUACUGAAGACCCUAUAGUAGUUUCUGACUCUAGAGGCUUCAGUGUGGUCACUAUUUGGGAUCAUUGCCAUUGAUGUUAAGUUGUAUAUCCUUAUGGACCACCUCUGGAGACCCUUAUCUAGUUGAGAAUUGUGAAAAGUAAAUAAUGGCAGACAACUGUCUGAACAAUCCCUUCUGACAAGUCCUGGGACAUGGACAUCAACACCAUUGUUACAUAAAUCUUAAUUUGAUUGAGGGGUUUGAUUGCUUGUGUUGUGCUCUUGGCACAUAUCAGCUCUAUGUAUGGAUUCUUAAUGCUUCUGAAUGAAAGUAGUGCCAUGCUUGAGACACAAAACUCUCUAUAAUGUUAAGGAUAACUAGUGACAAUUGAUGUUUGCUAGUAAUAGUCAGUCCUCUGUUCCUUGCUUCUUGGUGUGGAUGUAUGUCCCCAUAAUUGAUUUUAGAUUAAAAGAAAGAUCAGUAAUUCCUUAUUCCCUAGCAGCCAUCAAGACCUCUCAGAACAUGAAGUGUCAUUGUACUUUGGCCUUGUUUCUGGGGAAUUAUGCUAACUUUGACAAUAUUUAAACCCACUUAGGCCCUUACCUCUUUCAUCCAGUAGCACUAACAAAUAGAUCAUUUUUCCCAUCAGUGCCUCACUAACCGCUGUGCCAACCCUUAUUUGCAUUUACAAGGGGUCUCCUUUAUCAAUAGCUUGCUAUACUUUCCACUUUACUCCACAUGUUCUCAUAACAAGGAAACCUGGAUGCACAUAUUCCAGUUGUGCCAAGAAAUUCUCACUGUGGUACUGGGAUUGUAUGAAAGCCUCUAACAAGCAGAUCUAUUUAAACUUUAAGUGUCUCUGGGAUUACUUGGAGGUAUCCUGAUCUAGCACCCCCAAUUCUGUAACAAAAUAGUAACCCAGUAGCCUCCAUUCACUUUCCUUACUGACCCCAGUAUGGUCUCAGAAUGCUGAUGGGAAUCAUUCAGUUGGCUUCAUCACCAAUCUUUCUUAUCUUAAGGACAUAAUUUAUCAUUAUGUGCUCUCUCACAAAGAUGCAUUACCUUAUUUCCUGUUUGGACCUUCCCUUUGCAGCAGCAUCACCUUCUUCUCCAAGAAAUCUUCAGAUUUCACAGCCUCUCAGAACAGAUAAUUCAUUUUGGGCUAUAAAUCCCCCCAUUUCAGGAAACCCCUUGUUGAUGAGUUCCCAGUCAAGGAAUUCUUGUGCUCUAUGUGAUACAAUUCAACAAUCAGAAUGAGCAUAGAAAUAGGAUACUGGGAUAAUGCUUAACUGUCUACUAGCUAGCAACCAUUUUGUUUACCUCUUCCAAAUUUCAUCAUAAAAACACCAUCCACUUCAAUAGAAUAAACUCAUUAUUUAAUAUAAAGUUACACAGAUGUUUUUCUAAGAACUUAUACCAAGUUAACUUAUCUGAGAGUGAAACUGAUUAAAAUCUACUGAGAACAGAUGAGAGGUAACCUACUUGAAGAUGUAGUCUGCAAAAGGCUUGAGGAGUCCCCAAGUCCAACCAAGAUUGUAGUUUAAGGAAGGCAGAUCUGCUACUUGAUUGAUGCCAUCCAGCAAGAUAAAAUCUAAUCAUUUUAUGAUAAGUCUGAAGAAGGAAUUUUUAGUGAUAGAAUGGUCUUCAGAGAAUCUAGAAAAGGGGGCAAUUAAAGAGUCAUAGGGCAUUGGUAAUCUCUAAACUCAAAGAGGGGAUGUUGAUUAUAUAUGAUUUACCAGGUCCACAUAAAGUGAGAUGGCCAUUAAGAUUGCCACCUAACACCCUUGCUGUGACCCCAUGUAGAAGUAAUCUGAUUGUAAUUAUGUUCCCAUAUAAACUUUGUUAUGGGGAGAGAACUCACUAACCAGCUGACAUGGAGUAU